AGUUCAAUAAAAUUAGUCAGACCCUUGUUUGAUAACGUAUUUUUAUUUCAACAUUAUGUCACUAUUAUUCCAGAUUGAGCAUCUUGAUAUCGAGUACAUUGAUCUCAGUCAACGUCAGUCUGCAUCACGUGAUCUGACUCAGUUCAUUUGUAAGAUGCCUCAUCUCAGGGAACUUCAUCUCGGGGAUAGAUAUGGAACCACCAGUCCCUCACUUCAUGAAGAGUUCUAUUCAACGUUAUCAUCCUUAGCAUCGUCUGCCAAGAUUGAGCGUCUUAAUAUCAAGUACAUUGAUCUCAGUCAACGUCAGUCUACAUCACGUGAUCUGGCUCAGUUCAUUUGUAAGAUGCCUCAUAUCAGGGAACUUCAUCUCGGGGAUAGAUAUGGAAACACCAGUCCCUCACUUCAUGAAGAGUUCUAUUCAACGUUAUCAUCCUUAGCAUCGUCUGCCAAGAUUGAGUGUCUUGACAUCAAUUACACUGAUCUCAGUCAACGUCGGUCUGCAUCGCGUGAUCUGGCUCAGUUCAUUUGUAAGAUGCCCCAUCUCAGGGAACUUUGUCUAGGUGAUGAAUACUACAGUCCCUCAUUUCAUGACGAGUUCUAUUCAACGUUAUCAUCCUUAGCAUCGUCUGCAAAGAUUGAGAUUCUUCAUCACAAUGAGAAUCUCAGUGAACGUCCGUCUGCAUCACGUGAUUUCGCUCAGUUCAUCUGUAAGAUGAAUCAUCUGAAGAACCUCACACUCUACGGUCAGUAUCAUGAUGACUUCUACUCAACAUCAUCAUCGAUGGCAUCAUCUGCAAAGAUUGAGAUUCUUGUUCUCGGAGAGACUCUCAUUCAACGUCCGUCUGCAUCACGUGAUCUCGCUCAAUUCAUCUGUAAGAUGAAUCAUCUGAAAAACCUCAAACUCUUGGGUCAGUAUCAUGAUGACUUCUACUCAACAGUAUUGUCGAUGACAUCAACUACAAAGAUUGAGAUUCUUCAUCACAAUGAGGAUCUCAGUGAACGUCCGUCUGCAUCACGUGAUCUCGCUCAGUUCAUCUGUAAGAUGAAUCACCUGAAGAACCUCAAACUCUGCGGUCAGUAUCAUGAUGACUUCUACUCAACAGCAUCGUCGAUGGCAUCAACUAUAAAGGAUGACUGCAACACAAGCUCAACUGUGACUGAUCUGACCGUUCCUGAUUAUGCACUGGAAGGUUGGCAGGAUUGUGGUUCGAUGUUUGCCAAUGUGAAGACGAUCGCCAUACAGGUGCGGUACAUGAUCAGGUGUGACGUCAUCCAGAGCAUCCAUCUACCAGCAGCGACAGAGCUCACCAUUCAAACACAUGAGCGUGUGCAUUACCCGGCUUCUCUCCACGAUGAUCCCACUUUAUUCCCCAAUGCACUCCACAAGGUCUCAUCUCAGCUUGUAAAGGUCACAUUAACAGAUCUCAACAUAGGUAACGACAAGACCGAACGCAUCAUUGAAGCUUUCAGAUCAACACCCGAUCUCAAACAUCUGAGGAUCCUAAGAUUCAUACGAUGUGGGACUGAUGAGAGAUUAGAUUGUUCUAGUAUUGAUUCCGAUGAUGAACAUAAGGUAAAGGUGGAGAUAGAACAUGGCAAACCAGUUGGUGAGAACUUUUGGAGUUGAAGUUGCGGCAUCAAGGUCAUGAAUCAGACGAGCUUAAUAUUUAAGGAUGGCAGCCAACAAGAAGCCAUUAGUUAUUUCAUUUCGGAGUACCAUAAUUGGAACAUAUUUACUGACAAUGAAGAUCCCACACCUCAACCACUUGUUAAUGAGUCGGUUAAAUCAUGGACCUAUUAGACAAUCAACGCUAUCAUUUCUUUGAUCGAACGAGAUCCGCCGCCCAAUGAUAAUGUGCAUCUUAAUGAGAACAUACAGGUAUUUUGACAAUAGCGAAUACCAAGGCGUAUCUCAUUAUUUUCAAAGCACAACUUUACUGGUUUUAGUUAUGUUGGCUGAUGCCCUGUGUUAGAGAAUGCUUUUCAGUCAACAUGCUUUAGAU